GGUUAUAGUAAAGUGUUACUGGCAUCAUAUUAUGGCACACUCUGGUGUUUUUGUGACUGUCUCCACUGCUGUUGUAUCUUUUUGUGUCUCCUCUACUGCCCACCACUCCAGUAGUGAAAAUGCACACAAAGACAGACUUUGUGGGUGCUGCCCAAGAACUCUUAGUCGGAAGGCCAGUCUGAAGGACAAGGUGUUUCCCAGUCCUUCCAAAGCCCCCGUGAUUAAGGGGAAAGCCCCCUCUCCGGGGGCAGAAGAUGGCGCUGAAGCCAGCCCGAGCAAAGGCACCAAAAGCUGGAGCAGAGUCCGGGGUGGCGCCUCUCGCCAAAACUCAGAUGUGCUGAUUGAAAUGCAGGAUGAAGACUUUGGACUGAAGAGUUCUCCAGCAAUUGAAGGUUUAAUAAAGGCGAGCCUCCCCGGAGAGGAAAUCGGUGAUGAUAAGAGCUGCCACUGUGAGUUUUUCACCCAGGAAUUACCUCCAGGACUCAAAGUUACUAUUAGGGCUAUUUGCGUCAUGAAGUUCCUGGUGUCAAAGAGGAGGUUCAAGGAGAGUCUGCGGCCUUAUGAUGUGAUGGAUGUGAUUGAGCAGUACUCUGCAGGUCACCUGGACAUGCUGUGUCGCAUUAAGAAUCUGCAGUCCAGGAUAGAUAUGAUUGUGGGGCCCCCUCCCCCAACAACACCGCGCCAUAAGAAGUCCACUGAAGGUCCUAGAGUUGACCAGAUCGUUGGCAAAGGCUCCAAAGUGGAUGGAGAGGGAGUGGAGGACCAGAGCAUGAUGGGACGACUUGUCAAAGUGGAGAAACAGGUUUUCUGCAUGGACAGGAAACUUGAUUUCCUGGUCAAUGUGUAUGUUCAGCGUAUGGGCAUCACUCAUUCAGAAACAGAGGCCUUUUUUAACUCCAAGGAGCCGUACCCAGCACCGCCUUACCACAGCCCGGAGGAGACCAAGGAAGAGAAGGAUGAAGAUGAUGCGACCAAGGUGGAAAAGAAAGCCAACACGUGUUCCGCCGUGGCAGACGUCUCCCUUUCUGAUAGGUCUCUGGAAAAGAAAGAUCCUUUACUUGGUCAGUCCGUGGCACGGUCGGUUGGCACUCCAUCCGGCAGCAACAGCCGCCCCUCCACUUCCUGGCAGCACCAGCUGCAGCACCCCCUCAGCCAGCCUGCCUGGGGCAGCAGCAUGGCCAACACCCCUUCGCCCAUCUUAGCCGCCGGCGACCAGUCACCCACCGUCUUCCGCCUGCCUCCGCCGCCCGCACCGACACAUGACAGGUCAUCCUCGGGUGCAUGUGGGAGCGGCAGGGAGAGCAGCUCUCAGGGCAGGCGACGCCACAGGAGGCACAGGUGUCAGCACGACACCACGGUCGUGGAGAGUGACACCUCCCUCUCCAUCCCGUCUGUUGACCAUGAGGAGCUGGAGCGCUCCUUCAGCGGGUUCAGCAUCUCUCAGGCGAAAGAGGAUUUCUUUGGGCCAUCUUUCUUUGCGGGUUCAGGAGGAGGAGGAGGCGGUGCAGCGGCUGAAGCUGUAGGCGGACGCUCAAUCUGCGCCAGGGUCCGACCGUUCAUAGCCGAAGGGGAGUCGGAUACUGACUCAGACCUGUACGCUCCGUCUCCGCUGUCCUUCACCGGAGAGACGUCCUGUGGUGAGAGGGGCUGGCUUGGAUUGAAGUAGGCCAGAGGAAUACUCUGCUCAGGCUGGAGAUGACACAUCAGUGCCAAGACGAGAUCAUCAGACCUCCUGUCCAACAGGCUUACCAUCCACUAUGAUGAUGUUUUAGACAAUUCUGAGUGGAUUCACAUGAGCGGCCGCACUUUAUGACAAAGGUUAUAUUGCUACAAGUUUUCAGAAGGUUUCAGAUAACCUUCGAAAAAUCAGAGGUCAUGUUUUCUCACUUUUUCUGUUAAUAAUCAAACAUUUCACUAGCACUGAUUACUGACAGUUGCUUCAUAUAUUUUGUGGAAUUUAAAAUAUUGGAUUAACGUUGAGGCCCCAUCAAUACCAACACCGAUUUUUGGUAAAAAGAUAAUGUUCAACUGUGCUGGCAGUACAAAUCCAGAACUGCCACAAAUUUAAAAUUUGAAAUUUCCAUUAGUGCUUUAACUCGAUAGUUGGAGAUUAUUCCAACAUCUUCCUCUAUCCUCUCUAAUAUUUUUUCCUUAUAAACUUCAAGUGGAAUUCUAAACGUUGUAAGACUGAGAGCAAAUGGUAGCCAGUGUCAAGGUUUGAAUUUGGAUGUGUUAAUGUUGAUAUUAUUGCCCCCUACUGGCACAACUGAGGUACUACAGCGUUUUUGACCGGAAUCACAGAUCACAAAUGCUGAUUUUUUUCCCCAUUAGUUUAUAAAAUUACGUGGAAAAGUGAAGACCAGACAUAAGAUUGAUGAACAUUUUAUUAGGUAAAGAGUGAAAUAUAUACCGUUUGCAUUCUGCUGAUAUCUGAAUAUGAUUUAGAUUGUCAAAGAUUUUUAAAAGUUCAUAAUACCACUUUUUAUGUUAAAAACAUUUUGCAUUUGAAAAAAAAUACUGAGAGUUUGUGUAAUGCAAAGUUGUUAGCAUAACGUCCUGUAAACCUCUAUAUCUUUGAAUGACUUGAGGUAUUAUGAUGCCAAACCUGUUGCUAUGGUAAAUGGUUAGAUUCUUGCAGAGUAAAAACAAAUAUGCUUGCUUACAACAUGGUUAAUUCAGCCUGCAGUAAAUAGAAAAAGACAAAGAAGCAACUCCCCUUAAAGUAAUACCAAGUGAUAAAACAGAGUACCUCCUGCAUGGCAUGUUAAACGGUUGAUUUUAGGACUGUUAGAUAGACUAUAAACCAAAGCAGCAGCAGCAGCAAAAAAGUCACUUCAACUACAUUAUUUCCUGUUCUGCAGAGACAAAGGGGUGCAUAAAACAUGAAGUAAAACAUGAUAUGCAUGCACGAGUGGUUUCAAGCUAGAGUUUUUAAUGCUCCUAAAAGGCUUUGCUUGAUUUCCAAUCAUGCAAAUGCUGCUUGAGCUUGCAAAAUUCAAAAACCAACACAACAUUUUUGGGCAUACUUGAGUGCAAUGUUACAUAUAACCAAAAAAGGGGCUGAGUUUGAUGCAGCUUGUAGAUUUUUCUGGGUUUUACACCAAAUACAUCCUUGGAGUUGGAUUGUGUAACUUUACUCAGACAUGAUGGUGGUUAUCCUGAACUGCAUUGAUUUUUCCAGUAAAUUUUCUUUUGCUACUUUGGUUCUGCAACAAAAAAGGAAAUGCAAUAAAGAAGCACACAGUGCAAAUGAGAACCAUCUUUAAACACUCAAAGCCUUAUUUUCAACCGGCUCCAUUUUAUAAAUAAAUCAAUUAUUUCAUUUUUUUAUGUUUUGUAAAAGAGGUGACAGUUGAUCUUCAGUCAGUCUGAUUUAAAAAACAGAUUAAACAUUUUCAUUUCAAUUCAGUUCUAACAUGCAGCAUUUAAUAACAGCUCCUAUUCGUUAGAACCAACCCCCAACAUUUUAACAUUAAUACUCUAACAUAAAAAUCAUAUCAAGAAAUAUCAUUUAUUAGAGACUGUUAGUACAAAAUCCACAUUUUACCAAAAGAAAAAUAAAGACAGAAACCUGCAGGCAUGUUUUUUAAUAGCAAAUGGAUUAAAUCUAAAAGGUUUUGGAGGCCAGAGAACGGGUUCAAGUUCAACACGAUGUAACUGCUACACCAUCAUCUUCUUCAAGAAUAAAACUUUGUACAUUACUGAAAA